GGGAAAAGGCUGAUCCCUCCCCUGCCAUGGAGCGCGACGACAAGGCCGCCCUGAAGGCGCUCUCGCCUGCCGAGCCCAGAAACACGAGCUCGUUAGCCUCGACCCUCAGGACGCUCCUGUUCUUCACCACUUUAAUGAUUCUGCUGCCCAUUGGGCUGUAUUUCUCCUCGAAGGCCUACGUGUUCGAAGGGGCCUUGGGGAUGUCGAGCAGAGACGGCUACUUCUAUGGCGCCGUCGUGGCCGUGGUCGCCGUUCACGCCGUGCUGGCCCUCUUCGUCUACGUGGCCUGGAACGAAGGCUCUCGCCAAUGGCGGGAAGGGAAGCAGGAAUGAGAGGCGCCAGGAGGGGAGCGAAGCCCCCAAGGCCCAAGGG